AUGAGGGGUAGUUGUUUAGGUUUUGUUGUUGUUGUGGGACCUAACGGGAUUGAGAUUGACCCAGACAAAAUAAAAGCCAUUCAAGACAUGGAACCACCUAGAACAGAGCGUCAGGUGAGAAGCUUCUUUGGGAAGAUCCAGUACAUCAGCAGGUUCAUUUCUAGAUUAUCCAUUACUUGUGCUCUGAUAUUCAAGUUGCUUAGGAAGGAUCAGCCGGUCAAAUGGAACAAGGAUUGUCAAAAGGCCUUUGACCAUAUAAAGGAGUACUUGAUGAAUCCACCAGUGUUAAGCUCUCCUAGACCAGGAGAACCUUUGAUUCUGUACUUGUCUGUUACUUGUCUGGAGAGAUGCAGGAGUAUGGACCCAAAUGUUGGUCACCAAACCAAGACAUUGCUGAGUAGAAAAGAGCAUCUAUUACAUCAGCAAGAAAUACUGCCUAUUGAGGAGAGUACAAUUAUUGAUAGAAGAAGACUGGAUGGCCAGUUGGUAUGGUCGUAUCAAGAAGCUGAGGGCCUUUUAUUUCGAAUUCUUUCAGCGGCCCACCUUUUGCUUUCUAAAAUUGAUUCCUAUGAAGUAAUCCUCAGGAAAACACCUUACUCUAAAAGUGUAGAUGCAGAGUUUGUCAUGAAGAAGACGGUCAAAGGUCGGGUUGUUGCAGAAUUCCUGGCUGAGAAUCCCAUUGCAGAUGAUGAACCUUGGGAACUAGAAUUUCCAGAUGAACACUUGCUGUGCGUUGAAACAGGGGUUUGGAAACUAUACUUUGACGGAUCGGCCAAUAGAAAUGGAACUGGCACCGGUGUCGUGAUAGAAGCACCCAAUGGCAAGGUGACAAUAAUGUGCAAAAGGUUGUUGUUCUCAGUCACCAAUAAUAUGGUGGAGUAUGAAGCGUGUAUAAUGGGAAUUGAAUCUCUUCUUGCAACAGGUGCUAAGGAGGUUGAGAAAGCAGCACUCUUUGACAAGAUCACUUUUACUCACAAAGGUAGGACUCAUAACAGAAUCCCGAAUGCUUUGGCAAAUCUAGCCUCAGCGUGGCAAGAUUUGAAUAAGCUUCCAAAGAAGCCAUUUAUCAUUACCGCAGCAAAUAUCCCAUGCUAUGAAGAACAUUUUGUGAAUCAGGUUGGGUCAGAGGAAGAACCUUGGUUUACGGAUAUUCUGCGGUACAUGAAAGAUGGAACCUUCUCUGAUGAUGCAACAAAAGAAGAUCGAUCUGUUCUACAAAAGAUGGCUUUGAACUAUGUCCUAGCCGAUGGUGAACUGUAUAGGAGAGCUUGGGAUGGAAUGCUGCUAAGAUGCGUAGACAAGAAAGAAGGAGAAGAGAUAAUGAAGAAGAAUGCCUGCUAA